GAGUUUUUCCUUAAUUCUUUUUCUUUUUAGUUUCAUUUUGUUUUUUUUUUUUCUCUCAUGUUUGAAACUCUUCCUCUUCUCUAAUAUAUUUUUGUUCUUUUGAGAAUUUAUUAUUAUUAUUAUUAUUAUUAUUUUUUUUUUUUAAAAGAGGAAGAGUUUCAUCAAUUAUGAGAAAUAUUUGAAUUUGAAGAAGAAAAGAAAAAAGAUUAAUUGACAAGAUGUUGCACAGAGCUGCAAGCAAUGCUUAUUCAUGGUGGGCUGCUAGCCAUAUUAGGACCAAACAAUCCAAAUGGCUUGAACAAAGCCUUCAAGAUAUGCAAGGGAAAGUUGAAAGUGUGAUUAAACUCAUUGAACAAGAUGGAGAUUCAUUUGCAAAAAGAGCAGAAAUGUACUACAAAAAAAGGCCAGAACUGAUCAACUUUGUUGAAGAAUCCUAUCGUGCCUAUCGCGCUUUGGCUGAACGUUAUGAUCAUCUGUCGAAGGAGCUACAGACUGCCAACAACACGAUUGCCACCAUCUUCCCGGAACAAAUUCAACUAGCGAUGGAAGAGGACGAUGAAUAUGGUGCACCAACUCCGAAAAUGCCACCAAAGACCGGUCCUGGAAAAGACUCGAAAGGUCUUAUGUCAAGUAUUCCAAAACAUAGACAAGGUAAAAAAUCAAAAGAUGAUGUCGCGAAAUCUGGUUUGUCUAAAGACGAGGCUGUUGAAGAGAUCGACAAGCUUCAGAAAGACAUAUUGGCGUUGCAGACCGUGAAAGAGUUUAUAAGAAGUUCCUAUAAGAACGGACUUGAAAGGUAUAGGGGGAUCGAAAACCAAAUCAUGGAAAAGCAACAGAAGAUAUGUACAUUGGAGGACGAAUUUGGUGAGGGCCGCGUUAUUGAGGAUCCCGAGGCAUGCAAACUGAUGGCGGAAGCAGCAUUGCAGUCGUGUCAAGAGAGGAUAACUCAGCUCCAAGAGAAACACGAUGUGUAUACACAAGAAGCGCGAGAUGAGUUCAACAAAAUCGAAGAUUCUUGUAAGAAACUUAAGUCGUUCAAGCAUAAGUAUCUCCACGAGCAAACUGAUGAAACUAAGGCGGAUGGUGUUAGAAUCCCGAAAGAACAAGUUGGUAAGGAGAUAGAGUCAGUACAUGACAAGGUUGCGGACCAAACUGGUUCGACCUCUAAGGGGUCUUUAACGAUGUCACAGCUAGAAGAGAGAAUCGACGAGCUUGUGAAUAAGGUGAUCAACUUAGAAAUAUCAGUUUCAUCUCAGAUACUUCUGAUUGACAGAUUAAGAAGAGAAGCUGAUGGACUCCGAACACAAGUUCAGUCUUUGGAAGACGAUAAGGCAGCUCUG